CUGCACUGCCCACCUGACCAGUGGAAGCCUCAGAAAGCUGCCAAGACACCAUCUCCAGGAACUCCCAGCACCCAGAAUCCAUCAGAGAAUAUGCUGCCACAAAUAGCCUUUCUGCUGCUAAUGUCCUUGAACUUGGUUCAGUCGUUUACUACAUUUACAGGCAUGAAAGGACCACUACCCAACAUCAAGGCACAGUUCUUCGUUCCCCACACCAUAAACAGUAAAGGUAUACCAGUAAGAAAGGAGCAAGGUAUUCCUGGUCCACCAGGCCCUGCUGGACCUCAAGGCCUCCCAGGUCCUUCCGGACCACCAGGAAAACCAGGCUACGGAAGUCCUGGACUCCAGGGAGAGCCAGGGUUGCCAGGACCACCGGGACCAUCGGCCAUUGGGAAGCCAGGUUUGCCAGGACUCCCAGGAAAACCAGGGGAGAGAGGACCACAUGGACCAAAAGGAGAUAUUGGACCAGCUGGCUUACCAGGACCACGGGGCCCACCAGGACCACCUGGAAUCCCUGGCCCAGCUGGACUUUCUGUGUCAGGAAAACCUGGACAACAGGGACCCACAGGAGCCCAGGGCCCCAGGGGCUAUCCUGGAGAAAAGGGUGCACCAGGAGUCCCUGGUGUGAAUGGACAGAAAGGGGAAUCGGGGUAUGGCGCUCCUGGUCGCCCAGGUGAGAGGGGCCUUCCAGGCCCUCCGGGUUCCAUGGGACCACCUGGUCCUCCUGGAGUAGGAAAAAGAGGUGAAAAUGGGUUUCCAGGACAGCCAGGUAUCAAAGGUGAUCAGGGUAUUCCAGGAGAAAGGGGACCAACUGGCCUGCCAGGUCCCCGAGGUCCUCCUGGGGAACGAGGACCAGAAUGCAUUGGAAAGCCAGGAGCUCCUGGAGCCCCAGGCCAGCCAGGGAUUCCAGGAGCAAAAGGUCUCCCUGGGGCUCCAGGAAUAGCUGGGCCCCCAGGGGCUCCUGGCUUUGGGAAACCAGGCUUGCCAGGCCUGAAGGGACAAACAGGACCUGCUGGCCUUCCAGGGGCUCCAGGUGCCAAAGGGGAACAAGGGCCAGCGGGUCAUCCUGGGGAGCCAGGUCUGACUGGACCCCCUGGAAAUAUGGGACCCCAAGGACCAAAAGGCAUCCCGGGCAACCACGGUUUCCCAGGCCCUAAAGGCGAGACAGGGCCAGUUGGGCCUGCAGGAUACCCUGGAGCUAAGGGAGAAAGGGGCUCCCCUGGGUUGGAUGGAAAACCAGGGUACCCAGGAGAACCAGGUCUCCAUGGCCCUAAGGGUAACCCAGGGUUACCAGGCCCAAAAGGUGACCCUGGAGUUGGAGGACCUCCUGGUCUCCCAGGCCCUAUGGGCCCAGCAGGAGCUAAGGGAGUGCCUGGAUACAACGGUGAGGCUGGCCCAAGAGGCACCCCUGGAAUACCAGGUACCAGAGGCCCCAUUGGGCCACCGGGCAUUCCAGGAUUCCCUGGAGCUAAAGGGGAUCCAGGAAAUCCAGGUCCACCUGGCCCAGCUGGCAUAGCAACUAAGGGCCUCAAUGGACCUACUGGGCCACCAGGGCCUCCAGGUCCAAGAGGCCACACUGGAGAGCCUGGCCUCCCAGGACCCCCAGGGCCCCCAGGCCCACCAGGUCAAGCAGCCACACCCGAGGGCUUUACAAAGGCAGGCCAAAGGCCCAGUCUUUCUGGGAUGCCUCUUACUAGUGCCAACCAGGGAGUAACCGGAAUGCCUGUGUCUGCUUUUACUGUUACUCUCUCCAAAGCUUACCCAGCAGUAGGUACCCCCAUCCCAUUUGAUAAGAUUUUGUAUAACAGGCAACAGCAUUAUGACCCAAGAACUGGAAUUUUUACCUGUAAGAUACCAGGAAUAUACUAUUUCUCCUACCACGUGCAUGUGAAAGGGACUCAUGCUUGGGUAGGCCUGUAUAAGAAUGGCACCCCCAUAAUGUACACCUAUGAUGAAUAUUCCAAAGGCUACCUAGAUCAGGCUUCAGGAAGUGCUAUAAUGGAUCUCACAGAAAAUGACCAGGUGUGGCUCCAGCUGCCCAAUGCAGAGUUGAACGGCCUGUACUCCUCUGAGUAUGUCUACUCCUCUUUCUCAGGAUUCUUAGUGGCUCCCAUGUGAGCACAUUCCCACUGAGCUAAUCUAAAUCUUUGGCUUGGAAAGGCAUUUCCCCAACUCCAUCCCAUCCCACAAAAUGCAUAUGGAGGUACGCUGAAAGGAAUGUGAGUAAUUUUUAUUUUCCAAAAUACAGAUUUGAGCUAUCAGAUCAACAAUUUCUCUCCCCUUGAAAAGCGAGCAGCAAGAGUAAACAUGUGAAGACCCUUCAAAUUGCGAGUCAGCAAUCUUAAGGCCCUUUAAAGUGUUCCGUGAACUCCUUUAACAUUUAAAAAUUUCACCACAGAAGUCUUGCUAAGUUAAAAAAAUAUAAAGCCACCACAAAAAAACAGAAAUAAGGCUCUAAAUUAUAUUGAAUUUGAUUUCAUAAACUUAGAAUUUCCUUGUAAAAUAAGGCUGUUUCUAACAAUCGAUAUGAGAAUUUCUAGGAAACAUUCAGGAGGAAGUAUCAUAUAACUUUAUAGAACUUGAAUACUUGAAUAUUCAAAUUUAAAAGACACUGUGUACCCCGAGAUAUUUCUGAUGGUGCAUUGUUCAGAGGCCUAUAUGGUCCCUUUCAUCAAAAUCUACUCAAAUAUAUAGGUGCAUAUAUACUUUUUAAAGCUCUCAUAAAAAACCAAAAUAUCAUAUUGAAAUUAAUCCAAAAUGCAAGAUGCUUUCUUUAGUCAAUGAAUCUUUAAACUUUUCUGUGAUUGCAGAGCAGCUUUCUAUAUACUCGGCACAUCUUGGAAUCAGGUGUCUGACCUAGUCUUAUUUAUUUAACACAAGUGUGAUUAAUUUGAUUUAAUUCCUCAUUGAAUCUUAUGUGACGUGAUUUUGUGGUUUUAUAGAACAUUAGCGUAUGUACCUUGUGCCUCCCACUUCAGUGAAAUUAUAAUAACAUCAAGGGUUUCAAAAUUUGACUAGAAGUGAAAAGAUAUUAUUUAUUUAUGCUCUGUACUGUGUUUUUAUAUUGCUGUUUAAAACUUUAAAGCUGUGCCUCACUUAUUAAAGCAUGAAAUGUUUUGCUACUUCUUAUUUACAAUGCAAUAAAAUAACAUCAAUAGACUUUUAUGCUGGAUUUAUUUGAAAGCAGUAAUCUGCUGUUUUUAACCAUUCUUUUAAGGCUUUUUAUUUUAUAAAGAUAAUAAAAAAGUGAAAAAAUAAAG